AUGACGCGAGCUGCCGUACCGCCCAUUCUGCUGGAACUACAGAGCGCUGAAUCGGCCUGCUCUCAGAUUGUAGCUUUGCGAACACUGAAGAAUGAAUUAAUUGGUCAUGAUCAACGCAAGGAAGCCUACAUUGCCGGGGGAAUCAUCCCGGCUCUGGCACACGUGCUGAGCUCGAGAUGGCCAGGAACGGGAGACUUUGAUGAAUCAAUAUUGCAUCAAGACCAGUUCACACCAAAAACCGCAGAUGAUUAUGAAGCAUGCCUACAGGCAAUUCUAAUUAUCGGAAGCUUAGCACAAGACAUUGACUUUACUGAGCAGGUGGCCCGACAUUUCUCACCCCACUAUUUGCCAGCGAUAUACCCCCCAACCCUACUUACAGUUCUCUCGUCCUCCGAUUGCCCAGAUUCAUUUUGUCUGCCCAUUUUGCGACUUUUGAACACAAUUGCGGAUCGGAUACCGCUACAGAGCCAGGAACAGUGGCCCCGGGAUACACAGCUUGCGGAUCUUGUUUUUGCUCCUGCAAAUAUCACCUCUCUCAAACGUAUCAUCUCGCAGGAGUACAAGAGCUUGCGUAGCCAGACUGCCAUCGAAUUUGCAGCUGCCCUGAUCGGCAAGCUAUGCACGGAGGAAACUCACAAGACUGCAUUAGCAGAAUCUGGGGUGCUAGACGCUUUGGCGCUCAAAAUCGCCUCCUUCGUUGUGGCCAAGGGUUUCGUUCUGCCUGGCGCGGAGGAUCAUCUUCGAGAACCCGGUGCAUUGGAAAAUCUGCCACUCCCGGCUCCUGAAUCUGCCCAACUAGCACCGAUCCUGCGCGCAGUUGCUGUCAUUAUUGAACAGUCUAAAUGGAGAGCCGAGCACUUCUUGUCAUCACCUGGUAUUGUAACUGUGUUCCCGAAACAAAUUCCUGGGUUUGCCCCAUCAGACAUCAAGAAAGGUCCAUGGGGAUCCACAUAUUUAUCGGGCUCCGCAGUACCCCGUCAUCUUGGCGCCAACCCCAUGGAACAGCUUCUGCCUUCGGUGCCUUUGGCACACACAAAAUCCUCAUCCAACUCUGCCAACUUUCCACCUUUGGGACAUGGGGGCUCACAGCGCCGACACAGCCAUUCUUACCCCACGCCCUUUUCGCUGCCUGAGACUCCUAUUCCAGAAGAUGAAGAGAAUCCUAUUGUUCCAUGGCUUCUCUGUAUUCUCCGCUCAGAAAGUGGAAUGGUACGGUUGGUGUCUGCGCGUCUUGUCACAGUGCUUUUCCGGUUAGGAUUGGCGAAGAAACACCGCAUCCCAAUGUUCAGUUAUUUGUUGAUCCCUAUCUUGAUUCGCAUGCUUGACAAGGACUUUCGACUGCCAGAUGAAGAGGGGGCUAAUUACGAUGGGCUACUCUCGCCGACCCAGCGCUUAAAGGAAGAGGCGCCUGCCGUGUUAGCAAACUUGGUCAUGGACGACCAGGAGUUGCAGAGACAUGCAGUAGAAGGCAAUGCGCUCAAGCGACUGUCACAACUUCUCAAGGAGACAUACAACCCAAUCACGGAGCAUUCGCGGCCGAUGUGGCAUGCCGAGGAUGCCCCAGCCCGGGAUCCCGAGUCCCUGUCACCGGAAUGCCGACUCGGGCCUUCCGGUUAUUCCCCGACCCUUUGCCAUGUAAUGCGCUAUCGAGAGAAUAUUCUCAAGGCUUUGGCAGCACUUGUCCCAUUCAAGGACGAGUACCGCAAAGCAAUUUGCGAGCAUGGUGUAGUUCCUUACAUCAUUGAUGCUCUUAAGCCAAGACCUAGUGAUGCAUUGGCUAAUGCUUCAAUGCCCAGAAAUACUGCGGAGGACGGGAAUCCAAUUCCAACAAUCCUGGCUGCUUGCGGUACAGCCCGAAUGCUGACCAGAUCUGUGAGCGUGCUGAGAACCAGUCUCAUUGAUGCUGGGGUGGCCAAACCGCUGUUUGCUCUUCUUAGCCAUUCUGACUUGGAGGUGCAAAUUGCAGCGACGGCUGCGAUCUGUAAUUUGGCUUUGGACUUUAGUCCCAUGAAAGAGGCCAUCAUCUCCUGCAAUAUCAUCCCCAUUCUUUGUGAACACGCCCAUUCAUCAAACAUCAAGUUACAGAUUGAAUCACUAUGGGCUCUUAAGCAUAUGGUUUAUGACACCGCAAAUGAUAUCAGAAUGAACAUCAUCGAGACUUUAGGUCCUGACUGGAUCAUGGGGAUCAUCUCUCAAAAUCCGGUCCAGGCAGUGGCUCGACGGGAAGAGGAAACAGAAACCGAAACAGACCUCAAUUCGGGGUUCGCCAUGGGACGCUCUAACUCAGCAGGUGAACAGGUAGAUAUUCUCAAUCCCAUGAGUGAUGCAGUGAAGUGGGACGAAGACCUCAAAAUGACCGAUACGAUGCCCCCAUCCAAGAUGAGCCUGGAUAUGUUCCUUCCCGAUGCAAGGCGUAGACGCAAGCUCGCCCUACACGGCACUUUGGCCCAAACUACCCAGUCUCGACAAGACGAUAUUGCCGUCCAAGAGCAGACGUUCGAUUUGCUGCGCAACAUGAUCUGCGGCCGGGAUGCGCCUGAGAUGAUUGAAUAUCUCUUCCAAAAGCUCGGUCAAAAUGACUUCCUCGAUACCAUCGCAGAUACUCUGCGGCCACGCACCAUCCAACUUCCUCAUCGUCGGGAUUCCGGUAGUCAAACCGUCCAGGUCCCCAAUGAGAUCAUCAAUGCAGCCGCCGCUCUUAUUAUUCACUUGGCAGCCGGACACCCCCGCCACCGGCGUAUUGUUACAUUCCACCGCGACUUAUUGCUGUCCUUGAGCAACUAUUUCAAUCAUUCUCACAAAGAUAUUCGGUCGAACUGUGUCUGGGUGGUUAUCAAUCUCAUCUAUGAAGAAGACCAGAGUGACCAUGAAGGUUGUCGGGAACGCGCAGCUAGACUUCGUUCUCUUGGUUUUGCAGAACGCUUGGCUAGUCUUGAAGAUGACGCGGAGUUGGACACGAAGGAGCGCACAAAGACUGCACUGCAUUUGUUGAACAAACUAUCCCCUGCUUAG